AUGCCAGCUGCCCCUGUGAACCGAGCUUCCAAGAGACAGCGCACUUUGCCCCAGAUGAUGGAACACAUGAUGAAUCCCAUGAUGAUGAAUCCCAUGAUGGGUGGAAUGAUGAAUCCCAUGAUGGGAGGUGGCAUGGCGCCUAUGUUGAUGGGUGGCUGCAAUGGAAUGAUGGGACACAUGAAUGGAAUGAUGGGUGGAAUGAUGAACCCAGCAGCCAUGCGUCGAAUGAUGGAAGAUGUUGCGGCUGGGGAAGAUGCUGAGGAAGAAGUCCAUGAUUAUGAUGAUGUUGGUGCAGUCCAAGAUGCUCCUCCUCCUCAGCCUGCUGCUGCUUCGGCCUCUGUGGUUGCGCAGCCUGUGGCUCCUGCUGUGCCUGUCCCUGCUCAGCCUGAGCACCAGCCGCCGCCUGUGCUCCCUUACAACAAGAGUGAUGAUGCUGCCAUCACAAGGUCUGCAAGUAUGAUCAGAGGCAUUCCCAUGACAAGACUUUCCUAUGCCAUUGAGAAGUUGGUGCCAGCCCUGGAUGCCGGCUACACCAGUGGCCUCACCCAGCGAGGUGUGACCUCGUAUGAGGAUCUUGGCAACAGGUUCAAGAGGGCCCAUGACAGGAUCAAGGAUUCCUGCGAAGGGUUUCCUGACAACAUCGUCCAGGAGCUUCCGUUGGUCUUGGGGGAUGCCGAGGUCAAUGAUGUGGCUGUUGCUCAGGGAUGGAAAGAUGAGUUCCUGAAGCCUGUUUCUUGUGCAAAGGCUCCUCCGUCCAGUGUUGCUGAGUUCUUUGCAGGCAGGCGUCCGGCUGCAGCACCUGUGCCGGCGUUGCCUCACCCCCCUGCGCGCAAUUCGUCAAUUGCGUCAAUUGCCCCAAUUGCUGUGACAACAAGCAAAGCUGCUCCGCCAGCUCCAGCCCGCCCAGCUGCUGAGGCAGCUGCUCCGCCAGCUCCAGACCGCCCAGCUGCUGAGGCAGCUGUGAGAGAUGCCACUCCACCAGCUGAGCCUAGCCCAGAUGGAGAUGCCCGGGGAGCUGAGCCUAGCCCAGCUGUGGACCCGGCUGUCGAGCCUAGCCCAGCUGUGGACCCGGCUGUCGAGCCUAGCCCAGCUGCUGAGGCAGCAGCUGUGACUGUGCCAGCUGCAGAUGGAGAUGGCCCACCCAUUUGUCUGAUUUGCCAGCAGGAGAUGACCAAUGGCGCGAUGAAGACACUUGGGUGCGGCCACACAUAUCAUCUUUCUUGUAUGGAGGGCUGGUACACAGCAACAUCCAACUUCGAAGAGCGUUGCCCUCUCCGUUGCCAGAUCACGCCCCCAGCUGGUGAUCGAGCUGUUCGAGGAGCAGAUGACUUCGAGGUUGUGGACUUCAUGUGA